ACACCUGAGGCUUUGAUAUCAAACAGUCAUGAAAUGCCUGUGGUGGGUUUGAACCUUGAAGAGUAAGAGUUGCGCUGUGACACUCUGCCGUCAUGCCUGUUGGUGGCACCCGCGGUCCUGUGCCAGUGCCUUCAAAGGCCGGCAGCAGAGACUUGACCAAGGAGAUAUUAGAGAAACUCGAAAGUAAAACGUCCAUCAAUACUGCCGAAACUUUCAGCGAUGUGCCGCAGAUCGAAUUGAAAGCUGCACUAGAUCGUCUCAACUCACGUUCCAUGAUAGAGUAUGAUCAGAAGGCUUCAGAAAGGGUCGUGUUAGAGCCGGAAGGUGAAGAAAUCGUUGAAAACGGCUCCCAUGAAUAUCGUGUGUUCAUGGCAAUCAAGUCUAAUGGCAAAAUUGCCAUCAAGGACCUGCCGAAUUUCGUUGGCCCGGAUGUUGCCAAGUUUGGUCAGCAAAACGCCAUGAAGCACCGUUGGCUUAAAAAGGACGGAGAUAGCCUUUCUUGCGCAGUAGAUGAUGUUGAAGACGUCACCAAACAUGCACUUGAAAAAGCUCGAGCGACCGGUACCAUCUCAGACCCAAAGCUUCUAGCGGAUUUCAAGAAAAAGAAACUGGUGAAGACGCAGAAGAGCUUUACAUACAUCAUUCGUAAGGGCGAAAAGUACGCAAGGGAAAUCCCCGUCGAGCACACAGAUUUGACCUCCGAGAUGCUGGCGAAUGGGUCAUGGGAGAAUGCCAACUUCAAACCCUACAAUUUCAAAGCCCUCGGUGCAUCACAAGAUCCGGGAGCUUUGCAUCCCCUAAUGAAGGUCCGUGAAGAGUUCAGAAAGAUCUUUUUCAACCAAGGUUUUGUUGAAAUGCCGACGGGACGCUUCGUUGAAAGCAAUUUCUGGAACUUCGAGACCCUCUUCGUACCUCAGCAGCAUCCAGCAAGAGAUUCGCAGGACACUUUCUUCAUUAAGGAUCCCCCCAAGGCCGAUCCACCACGAGAGGACCCACAAGCGGAAGCUGCCAUGGAGGCUAUGGAGGCGAGCAGUCGGAGACUGUACGAGAGCGCCGAGAAGCGCGAGAAGAAGCCUCGGAACUAUCAACAGUACUUCAGCGAUGUUGAAAAAGUUCAUACAGAUGGAGCCUUUGGGUCGGUCGGAUACCGAGCGCCCUUCGAUCGUGACGAGGCACUGGGUCUGGUUCUCCGGACGCACACCACCGCAAUCAGUUCGUGGGUGCUGCAUCGCCUUUCCGAGGACCCUCGCCCAGCGCGGUAUUUCUCAAUUGAUCGAGUUUUCAGAAAUGAGGCCGUGGAUAACACCCAUUUGGCAGAGUUCCACCAGGUAGAGGGUGUUAUCGCUGAUUACGGCCUGACGCUCGGUGGCCUCAUGAAGUUCAUGGAGGAUUUCUUUGGCAAGCUUGGUAUUUCUGGAUUAAAGUUUAAACCUGCGUACAACCCAUAUACGGAACCGUCCAUGGAGAUCUUUGGUUUCCAUGAAGGCCUUGGCAAGUUGAUAGAAAUCGGCAACUCGGGCAUGUUUAGGCCGGAGAUGCUACUGCCAAUGGGGCUGCCAAAGGACUUGCGAGUCUAUGGCUUCGGCUUAUCUUUAGAAAGGCCAACUAUGAUUCGCUACAAGGUCUCAAACAUUCGCGAGCUGCUUGGUCACAAGGUCGAUUUAUCUUUCGUUGAGGCACAACCAGCCGUUAGAUUAGACAAGAAUUAGGAAGAUAUGAUUGAAGAUAGGCGUAAGAUAAGAGUACUACGACGCUGCUACUCCUGAGGACUCAUGAUUAAAUGAGCAUAGCGGGAAGAGCGGAAGCAAAAAAAUUGUCCAGAUACAGCUCUGAUGAGUUCAUGCUCAUUAGAUUAGUCUUCAUGUCUUUCAUAUUCAUAGAGAACAUCAUCACAGGAUGGCCUUUCGAGCCAAUAUCGUACAAAAUAUCCAUGAAAGCAUUAGCCGCCCAGACGACGUCCUGGGCCUCGGGUAUUGCUCCAGCUACUACCCGAACUUGCUGGGGCUUGUUGUCGGGGCUGAAAUGCCGUCCCAUAACUUCUUGUCUGCGGCGUUGGACGUCCGCUCCCGAUGAACCAUCUCUUGACGAAGUCUGGCGUCUUGAGCCAGUUGCUACCUCCUCCAAAGGUAGGCCAUAUCCUGCAUGAGGACCAUCCAUGACGAAGGUGAGUGCAAUGAGCGCGUACGGGAGAUAUUUUGCAGGAAAGGUGAGGAUGUAG